AUUCGCAGUUUCAAUAUGGCGUACUUGACAAUGGUGGCCAGUAGCUUACAGAAGGGACAGGCGGGACAGCGAUGGGCCACAGCCGAUCUUUCUCCCUGACAAAUCGAACUACAGUCCGGACUCAGCUGUGGACGAUGGAAACGCGGUAGUUGCGGUGUUUACUGCUGUUUCACGGUGUGUUUGUUUGUGGUUCAUGACGCUGAAGCGGUAGAGUUUAGCUAACUUAGCAGAAUUGUUCUUGCCGGGGGAGGAAGUUUUCUGCGGCAGAGGAAACAUAAUAGGAAACCGGGGAAGGGCCAGACUAUCCCGACAUGGAGGACUCCGGGUCGGCCCUGGAGAAGAAUGUGGCUGACCUCACGGUGAUGGACGUGUAUGACAUCGCCGCGGUGGUGGGCCAGGAGUUCGAGCGGAUCAUAGACCAGUAUGGCUGCGAGGCUCUGUCCAGGCUGAUGCCCAAAGUGGUGCGGGUCCUGGAGAUCCUGGAGGUGAUGGUGAGCCGCAGCAACAUCAGCCCGGAGACCGAGGAGCUGCGGCUGGAGCUGGACAGGCUGCGGCUGGAGCGGAUAGACCGGCUGGAGAAGGAGAAGAAGCACAGAAAGGAGCUGGAGCUGGUGGAGGACGUGUGGAGAGGAGAAGCUCAGGACCUGCUCACUCAGAUCGCUCAGCUGCAGGAGGAGAACAAAAGCCUCCUCACCAACCUGUCCAUCAAAGACCCCAUGAGCGAGGAAGACCUGCAGAGGCAUGAGGGUAUGACGGAGCGGGAGAGGCAGGUGAUGAAGAAGCUAAAGGAAGUGGUGGACAAGCAGAGAGACGAGAUCCGAGCCAAGGACCGAGAGCUCACGCUGAAAAACGAGGACAUCGAGGCGCUCCAGCAGCAGCAGUCUCGCCUCAUGAAAAUCAACCACGACCUGCGACAUAAAAUCUCUGUGGUGGAGGCGCAGGGCAAAGCACUGAUCGAACAGAAGGUGGAGCUGGAGGCCAGCGCUCAGGCGCGGGGGCAGGAAGUCGGGGCCCUUCGGCAGGAAGUCGCACGCUUGCGGGAGCGACUUCAAGGAGAGCAGCCUGCCCAGGACUCUGAGGAAGCCCCACCUGAGCCCCCCUCACCUGCAGAGCUGCUGGUGGGGGCUGAGGGCUGGUCAGACAGACUUGAGCCCUCUGAGCUGAACCGGCCCCCCCUGCCUGGCUCCCUCAGCCCAGAGGGACACGAGGAUGAGGAGGCUGAGGACGAGGCAGUGUUGCUUUGGGAGGCGAUGUGCGAUGAGGACAUGCCUGCUGUGUUCCAAUAUUUUACCAAGGAGGCGUUGUGCGAGGAGGAGGCGGGAGGCCUGGACUCAAAGGACCCUAACCGGCCCCGGUUCACCCUGCAGGAGCUGAGGGACGUCCUCCACGAGAGGAACGAGCUCAAGGCCAAAGUCUUCCUGCUGCAGGAGGAGCUGGCCUACUACAAAAGCGACGAGACAGAAGACGAGGUCGUCACUCCCAGUCCUUCUCCCUCACCUGAACUGAGGACUCGCUCUCGUUCUUCGGCCCAGCCAGAGUCGGGAAUCAAACGCCUGAUCUUCACAGCCAUCAUGCCGAUGGUGGCGGCUGGUUUGAUCCCAGAUGACCCCACUUUACAGCCAAUCAGACGUCUCGUAUCGCUUGUUUAGCUUCUUCUCUCGUGACAAGCCGCGGAGCUCGCAGCCCGGCGGCGGCUCGUGGGCGGCCAAGGACGACGUGUACACAGAACAGGCCCAGGAGGCGCUCCAGCACAUGUAGUCACCGGAGGGGACUCGUCGAGGUCACUCGAGCUCCAAAACUCUUAACACUCCGUGCCCAUCACUCGACGGCGGCUCGUGAAGAGUCGACCGCACACCAAACCACCGCUAGUGACUCACACCGCAACUGAAAUAUCAAACGUUUGAGGUGAGGAGGCCGAGGGAAAGACGAGGCUCCAGCUUGGAUAAAGAAAUUCUGAAAACCCCUUUUAAAAAGUUUAUCUAAACACCUGAGAACCGCACUGUGUGUCUCAGUGAGACCCUAAAAACAUCGUGUGUGUGCUUCCUGAAGUGCUUCAGCAUCAGGCGGCAGCAGAGGACAAGGAUGGACACUGGGAGGUUGUCGUAGCCGGAGUGGUUGGUGGUAUGUUGGUGAACGUGAGAGGGUGAAAAGUGAACGGAUGAAGGCUUGGGACUCCAAAAUGUGGUGCAGAUCAUCAUCAGUCUCCAGAUGGCGACUGACGAGUUUUUAAGGUUUUGUCACGUAAAGAUGAAGGUUUUAUGUCAGAAUCCUCGUGGAGCUGAAAGGCAAAGCUGCACAGAAACACACACAAUCACGGCAGCUCGUUCUCACGACGGCAGCAACACCUCCGAGCGCCAUCACCGGCGCUCUGCUGUGCAGCUCCACGAGGAGGACGAGUCCUGGGAUCACGUGGGAAAUGAUGCUUAGAAACGCAACUCGCGAGCCGAAAAACGCCCGACAGAUGCUUUUAUCGACUGAAAUACGGCAAACAGAAGGCAAAAACACGUGAGGCGUGUGGUCGGAUAAAAACAGAUACAUGAUGAGAUGCUGAGUCAGACUAACUCAGAAAUAGUAAGUGAAUUUCGACUUUAUAUAUCUCAUAAUUUGGCUUUUUAAAUCUUCAGCUUUGAAUCUUUUUUGACUCAAUAUCUCAUAAUUUAGAGUGGGAGUAUUUUUGCUUAAUGGGCUUAAAAAUGGGCUUCUGUCAGUCGGCUCGUGCGUAAGAGCAGUUGCGUCACGUCACGUUCUGAUGAUCAGUCAGGUGACGUCACGUGUUUUUAAUACCGUCAGCAAAUCCAAUGAAAAGAACAAAACCUGGUUCAUCUGCUUGGAGCUCUGAUGAAAACAUCUGAUAAAAACCACAGUGUGCAUCUGUUUCAGGAAAUUAUUUUGCACCUUUUAAAAAGGAACCUGCUCUGUUUCUGUCCUGUUACCCACCGCUGAAUCUGAUCUUUUCACCAGAUCUGUGGAAAAGGUGGAGUAACACCAGUGUUGUCCUUUAAAAUCACGAGUGUCUUCCUGUGAAUUUGUUCUGUCUACAAGCCACUGAGCCUGACAUUAUUUAAAACACAGAAUUUCAUUUAAAAAAGGCACUUCUUGCUCCUGAGCUAACAGGAAACCUGAACUAAAGAACAAGUUUUUGCAGGUUUUGCUCCUAAGUAAGGCAAAAGUAAACAUUUUUGUAUCAUUUGCCAUCACCCAAACAUCUUAAAAAAUACAUUAAAAUAUGCACUUGAAGAUUUAGGCUUUUUAAAGGCACAGUUCACCCCCAAACUAUGGAUGAAAGGCCAGCUAACGUUACAGCUCAGUCGAGGAGAUGCCAUUGAAGUUUACACCCUGCUGUCGUUUCCUUCUGCGCAGUGAGACAGAGAGAAAAUAGUUCCUCCGUGAAAGUGCUCACAGCAGGAUCUGUGGAUUAUUUUGAGUAACUGAUUCAUGAUUUAUGGAAAGAGACACUGUUCAAAUAUAAAUACAUAGGUUUUGAUUUCGGGGUGAAAUGUCCCUUUAACCCCUGACAGGAAGCAUGUACGCGUCGACUUGUGCUCAUAUGCAUCAUUUGUACGAGUCCUCCCACGUGGCUCCAGAGCUCUGGUGUCUCAGGUGUGGACACUCGUCAGGUUGUGUUCGGGACUCCGCGGAGAAGUUCGAAAUGACAGAAUCAGAUUUUGGUUUUCUGAAACGGUGAAAGCAAAGUUAAUGAAGCUGAGGUGUGGUUUACAUUUGUUUAAAAAAAUGCUAAUUGUUGGUCGCUGCUUCUGCUUUUCCAGCUUGGCCCCACGCUGUGGUGUGUUUUAAUAGUUAGUUUACUUUCAUUUAAGGCUAAAAACCACAGAUAAUAUUUAUUGCAGUGGAGCCUCGUGUUCUCCAGCUCAUCUGGAAGUCAAAGGGAUCUGGACGGUUCAGACAGGAAAGUAGUGAAACAUUAAAAGGGAAAUGCGGUGAAACGAGACGACCUGUCAGCGUUGAUCACCGCCUCUCCCUGUGUUGUCCUCAUUAAAAUGGAUAUUUAAAAGACAUAACGAUGACCCGUGUCUACAGUAAUAAAAACUCUGUCAUGCCUGA